AUGUGGCGAAGGGCCUACGACAGAAGUCGCCGGAGGAGAGAAGAUGGCCCCGAUGUUGAGGGCCUUCAUUCGAUUUUCAACGAUCGUAAGAAGGCUCUCCAGGGGGCUAUUUGCGAUGCAAAGAAAAUAACCCAUCCGGAGGUGCUACGGGGACUGGAUGACGAUCCGUGGGGGCGCCCCUACCGAUCGGCUCGUGAAAGGUACGGGGACGUCUCUAGUGGAGAGUCUGGAGCUGACCUUUCUGGAGCAGGUGGUAGCGGACCUGUUUCUUUGCCUCUCGACACUGUCCCUCCUAGUAUGGCGGCGUCUGUGGUGGAGGUGGCGGGUAAAGAGGGUUGGCUCCGGAAGUCUCUGACGUAG